AUGGAACGAAUAUGUUUGGGUCUUUUGCUUAUGAGUAAGGCACUCUCAGUCAUUGCACAGUUCAAUGGUUUCAACUGUGAUGCCAACUUCCACAGUCGUUUCCCAGCUGAGAGAGACAUAAGCGUGUACUGCGGCGUGCAGACGGUCACUCUGAAGAUAAAUUUCUGCCCUGUGCUCUUCUCUGGCUACACUGACACGGACCUGGCCCUGAAUGGUCGUCAUGGCGAUGCCCACUGCCGAGGCUUCAUCAACAACAACACCUUCCCAACGGUGGUGCUCUUCACCAUCAGUCUUAGUACACUGGAGGCUUGUGGCAACGCUUUGGUGGUCUCCUCGGCUCAGGGGGCCAAUGCCUAUGGGAACCUGUCCCUGGUGCAGAUUGGCAAUGUUUCAGGGUACAUCGACACACCUGACCCACCUACAAUCAUCAGCUAUCUGCCAGGCCUGCUGUACAAGUUCAGCUGCAGCUACCCUCUGGAGUACCUGGUGAACAACACACAGCUGGCCUCGUCAGCUGCUGCAAUAUCAGUGAAGGACAGCAAUGGUACUUUUGUGAGCACUUUGAGUUUGCUCCUCUACAAUGACUCGUCGUACGUGCAGCAGCUUGCCAUCCCCAUGGCAGGCCUCACUCUAAAGACACGCGUGUUUGCUGCUGUGAGGGCAACCAACCUAGACCGAAGAUGGAAUGUUCUGAUGGACUACUGUUACACCACCCCCUCGGGGAACCCUAAUGAUGACUUGCGCUACGACCUUUUCUUUGGCUGUGACAAAGACCCACAGACCACUGUCUUUGAGAACGGGAAGAGUCAGAUGGGACGAUUCUCUUUUGAGGUCUUCCGUUUUGUCAAACAUAAGAAUCAGAAAAUGUCAACAGUGUUCCUGCACUGUGUCACCAAGCUGUGUCGGGCAGAUGACUGUCCAAUGCUCAUCCCGAUCUGUGGUAGGAAAAAGAGACGAGAUGUCUCUGAGCAGGGUGAAUCCAACGCAGCCUCUGGGAAUGCAGUCAUCACAGCUGGGCCCAUCAUCACUCGCAGUGACGAAACUCCAACCAACAACUCGCAGCUUGCCCAGUUAAACGGCCCUUUGCUCCGGCCUGACUCUGUGACCAGCGCGCUGAUCUCGGGCAUCAUCAUCCUGGGCGUCCUGAGCAUGUGCUUCUUCAUCCUCUCCCUCACUCUGCUCAAAGCCAAAAAGCCUCCGCCCGCCGUGCUGUCAGGGGCCCGAAACCCUGCAUUCAACUGAGUGUCUCGGUAUCAUAGCUGCUCCGCUCCACCUGAAAGGGAAUUUAUGCAGAAUCCUAUAUGUACCACAACUAUAAUCUGUUGAAAUAUAUUUUAUUUAUAGAAUAAAAUACAAUAUGUAUAAAGAUAGGAUUGUAUCGUAUUGGAAUAUGUACGUAAACAUAGACGAAAGCUUCUGAUAACAUUGUUACAGUAUAUUUGUUAUACUUUUGUUUUGCUUAAAUCCAUGAAAUGAUCAAUAUAUUUGUAUUUUAUAUGCACACAUUGUUGAUGUGGGCUAACUCAUACCAAUGGGUUCAAUGUAUUUCUAAUUCAAUACCUCAGCUAUUAAUUUGUCUGUUGCAGGGUCUAGGAAACGAAUAUGGUAGAUGGUAUAGUGGCUGCAGCGUAUUAUACAGUCAUUUAAACAGAUCUCUCCCUCAUGGAUGAUUCCCCAUUGAACUGCCGCUGUGAUCAAUUUUCUCAGCAGUA